AUCCCUUUCAGCUCUGAGCUCUACUACUAUCUCAAGUCUGUCAUGUAACAGAAGAUUUUUUUUUUUAUCAUCAGCAAAAGCAGCAUUUCAUCAAAAACUAGGUUGUUCAAGUUUCACAACUCUAGAUCAUGUUGGGAAAGAAGUUGGUGACUGCUCAGAAGAGAGGGGAGACAAGAGCCCUGUGCCUGGGACUGGGAAUGGUUGCAUGCUCCAUGAUGAUGUACUUUUUUAUUGGGAUCACCAUCGUGCCUUUCUACACUAAGAGUGUUUGGACAACAGAAACUGUGUGCAAGGUACUCAAGGCCAACAUCGAGGACAAAGUUCUCUGCCCAGACAGCGAAGGCUCAGAGGAUGAGGACAUCUUUUCUUAUCCCUGUCUACAGGUGUGGGUUAAUCUGACAGCCUCGGGACAGGAGGUUAUGCUGUACCAGACUGAAGAUACACUGGAAAGAAAUCCUAAGUGCUCGUACGUCCCAGACAAGUCGGAGAACUCUAAAGAAGUUAAAGCACGAAUAGAAACAAUUGCAAGCAAUUUCAAAAAAUACCACACUUUCCCAUGUUACUAUGAUCCAGGAGGAACACAGACCAAUGUUAUUUUAAGCAGACUUUAUCCCCCCAAAGGUCUCCUCUUUGCUUUCCUCUGGCCUACACUCAUGUUUACUGGUGGAUGUCUGAUUAUUGUUCUGGUAAAAAUUAGUCAGUAUGUUUCUGUUCUUUCUGCUUGGCAGUAGAAAAUAAAUUUCUAGCACAGAUUGUUGCAAAAUAUUAAAAUGCUUUUGUUCUGCCUGUUACUGGCAUUCUGUGACUCUUAAUAUACCAGGUGUCCAUCCAAGGGCAGGCAUUUCAAAGAACUGAAUGGCACCCACUAUGGAUGGCAAUCCAUUACCCAAGGAGAAAAUAUGAUUCCCGGGAAUGUCUGAAAAUACCUCAUAAGCACACGGACCAAGUUACUGUCUAUUGUUUCCCUGGGCUUUAUGAGGUACAGCUGCUUUGCAAAGCUACAAUUCAAGUUUACUACUAAACUCUUGUUCCACAUUUUAGAUGUGGUGCUAGUUUUCUGACUGAUUGAGGUUAGUAUGUGCCAGAUCCAUAUACAUCAUCACUGGCAAACACAUCCUUUAUACACUUGUACACCAACACAUUAAGUACUCAUGGUAUAUUCUUCUUGUCUGUUGAGAAAGGCAGCUUUUUUAUGGUGCAAAAAGAUGUUUGUUUUCAUGGCUUUCUUUCUGCUUUUGGGAAAGGGGAGGGAGAAAACCACUCAAAAUAUACACACACAGACUGUACAAAACUUGCCCUCUAAUCAUCUAGCACCAGCUGUAUAUAAAGAAAUGCAUAAAGUACAGGGUACAGGAAAGAAGCUUAAACUAGAAGUUCUUGUAUUUAACUCAAAUUUUAGUCUUGCUUUAUUUGAAACAAGUGCACCACUCAAGGAAGGUUACCUGCCUGCUAUUUGCAUAGAUUAUAAAAACUGUUAAGGAGAGGAAGCUAAGACAUAAAGAAUAUUAUUAUGAAGUAGGGUCCUGGUUCUGGCCAGGACAGGGUUAAUUUUUUCAGUAGCCAGGAGGAGGCAUGGCUAGGACCCUGAUGUUAUGCUAUACCACCUCAUGUCAUUUUCCAGGGAUGGGGAAGGGCUCUCUUCUGGGUCGGCAGUGUGGGUAGAGGGAGCAGUUGGGUAUUGUUGGGAGCGAGAACUCAUGUAAAUCAUUCAUUUCUUGAACACUCUUCUAUUAGCAUUGUUGCUGUUACUAUUGCUGUGUUCAUUGUCUUAUUUCAUUGCUGUUUCCAGUAAAUU